AUGGCGUCUGCACCAAUGCCUCCGGUCCCUCCAGCUGCCGCCGCCGCUCCCACCGAUGCAGUGGUUAGCAAUAAUCGCCCCGAAGUACGAUUGGAAGCGCAGCCAUCUGUACACACGGCACCCCAUCAACGCGCGAGCUCUGCGCUCUUUACUCCUCUCUCCAUAGCCAAUGGACGUAUCAAACUCUCGCACCGUGUCAUCAUGGCGCCGAUGACGCGCAAUCGCGGCGUACCCCUCUAUGUCACCAAGCCCAACCGCGCCUGGGGACAUGAUGCUCUCGGUGCAACCUACUACGCACAAAGGGCGACGCCUGGAGGACUCAUCAUCACCGAGGGUAUCUAUCCGACGGUCGAAGCUUCCGCUUCUCCCUGCGUCCCGGGUCUCUUUCUCCCCGAGCAGGUUCCAGGAUGGAAAAGGGUGGUAGAGGCUGUCCAUGCAAAGGAAGGCUACGUCUAUGCCCAGCUCUGGCAUGCUGGAAGGUCUUGCUUACCACACUUCACUGGUUCAGUAGCCGUGUGUGCAAGUGCGACACCAUUUGAAGGCGACCAGAGGUCUCGCUAUCCUCCACCAGACGACGACACGGGCGGCCCGGGGAAAGGCGCCACUAUCAAGAUGAGCGACUUUCCGCCCAAGGAGAUGACACACGAGGACAUCAAGCGGACUAUCGCGGACUACGUCAAUACCGCCAAGCGAGCGGUGAUGGAGUGCGGCUUUGACGGGAUUGAGGUCCACGGCGGCAAUGGCUACCUUGUAGAACAAUUUCUCAGCACAAACAUCAACCAGCGAACGGAUGAAUACGGGGGCACCGUUGAAGGCUACUGUCGCUUCCCAUUGGAGUUGAUGGUAGCGCUGGCGGACGCGGUUGGCGGAGAUAAUGUGGCUAUCAGACUCUCCCCCUUUGGCCUGUUCCUACAAUCCUACGGUGAGCAGAGGAUCGAAAUCUGGUCCCAUUUCUGCCGCGAGCUGAGACGCAGAAUUCCAACGCUGUCGUACAUUCACUUUAUAGAGCCCCGGUUCGAGCAGAUCAUCGACCCUGCCACGAAGGAGUCAUACCUGAAGUCGCUCGGCGACAACAUCAGCCUCCAACCUUUCCGCAAAAUCAUGGGCAGCACUCCCUUCGUAGUAUCAGGCGGCUUCAACGACACGAACGCAUGGGGAGUGGUCGAAUCCGGCGCCGCAGACGCUAUCAGCAUCGGUCGAUACUUCACGUCCAACCCCGACCUAGUCGAACGUCUAAAAUCUGGGAAGACGUUGACAAAGUACGAGCGAGACCGUUUCUACUGGGUGCCGUUUGAGGAACGAGCCAGAGGCUAUACCGACUACCCACCUGCUGCAGCAGAGUAA